ACCGGAAGGAAACGUAGCUGUAAACCAUGAAGAGCAAUAUAUUAAUGAUAAGGAUGGUAAAGAAUCUCAAAUACGAUGGCCAGUAUUUAUUAAGAUGUUUUUGCAAUAUUUUGUUGCAAUUAUUAUUACUAAAUGCGGCGAUCUUAGGCCGCAAGAUAACCUAUUGCUUUGGUCACCAAAUUUAUCACAG